UCGUGGCCGGUAGAGUGCUCAUGAACGUACACCACGUUUUCUAGCUCUUGUGGAGUGGAGAGAAAAAGGCUCGGAUCGCCCUUCCCCACAGUUCUCUACACGAGCCGGCUUGAUUGGCCACGUGACGCACGUGCAAAAAAACAAAUCUCUUUUGGAGUAAUGGAGACUCAAGCAGAUUUGACGGCCACGCCUCUCAGUGAUGCAUGCCCAACGUGCAACAACGUACUGGAAUUCGACUGGACGAGCGCAGAAAAGGUCUGCAUCAACUGCAUUCACAAUCUCCAAUACAAGGAUGAUUUGAUACUGGAUUUAAAUGAAAUGGCUAGCAACUUCUCACUUGUUCAGCUGGGGAACUACCAAUCCAUCCCUACUUCCAUGGCUAGCCCGGUGAACUCUUCUCUACACUCAUCACCAGAAGUCUUCCUACCGAAAUCUCUGGGUGAAACAUCAGAAUGUCCUCUUCAUCACUCUGCCUGCCUCUAUUGGUGCUACACUUGCAUGACACCUGCCUGUCUGGUCUGUACCAGUCAGCAGCAUUCCAUGCUGACGGGGCACAGGACUGGACCUUUGAACGAAGCUCAAAGUCUCCUCUUGUCUCAACUCCAAGUAGAAGUUCAAGCAGUCAAGAAGAUACACAGCGACAACAAACUGUUGACUGGGAGCCACAGAGAGUUUCUCUGUCUAGUGAUGGAAGCCUGCACCAGUUUGGAAAACCUCAUGAGAGAGGAAUUAAGUAGCCUCAACAAACAGAGCAGUUCAGCUGUGGCAAAUGGGUUAAGCGAAGAAGAUACUACCCAGUUUCUGCUUAACAAAGUUACUUUUCAAUUAGCUGGACUUUCAGGCCCCGACGAAGCAGCCGAAAUGCUCAGAUCACUACAAUCUGAACGAAUUCGUCUUCAGACCAAGCAACAACAAUUGGCGAUGCAGCUGACUUUGAAUCGUGUGAUUGGUUCUAGCAACCAAGUACUGGACUUGCACACGUUUCGCCAAGCUGUUCAGAACCUACGCUACUCUGGCAAUCGUGGACCGUCGACUAUGGAACUACUACAAUCUCCACCUAACCAGCCGGACGCAGUGGCCCUUUUGGCCAACGUGUGCAACGCUCGACUUUACACGAAACAACUUCUGGCCAGCUCCUUACUAACUUCGACAUCCCCCAACAAAAGCAACAAUUCGAUGGCCAGCGUCCUGUCUCCCACUUCUCCUUUGCACUCGUCGUUCCCUCGAUUUUUCUUGGAUUUGGAAGUGGACGGAAUCGUAGAAGGCCGCGUAGUACUGGAAACUCGACCGGAUGUCGCCCCAAAGAUGGCCAAGAAUUUUGCAUCGCUUUGCAUGGGAGAGAAGGGAUUCGGCUACAAAGGAUGCCAAGUCUUUCAAUGCUGGGGAGGUGAAUCUUGCAUCGCUGGCGACUUUGAAUGCAAUUCGGGACGUGGAGGAAGAUCAAUCUACGCGGAGGAACCCUUCUUUAUGCCUGACGACAGCAAACUUCCCUGUAUACGAGCGGCGAUCGGGAUGAGAAGGACACAGAAAAAGCAUCACAGCCAGGGCCUGGUGGGUUCUCAAUUCCGUAUUCUACUACGAGACAUGCCCUUUUUCACUGGUGUCUUUGGCCACGUCAUCCACGGACUGGAAUUGGUGGAGCGCGUCUCUUUUCUUGGCGAUCAUCAAGGUUUCCCUCGAAAACUCAUCACCGUAGCUAAUUGCGGACUGCUCAGUUAGAA